ACCGCGGCGCACUCCUGUACUGCAAACCAAGGCAAUAAAGCGUUACAAACAGCGAAUUGCACGCAGCUGUAUUCAGUUUAACUUAGCCAUUGCACAUUCGCUGGAAGAUCCAUCAUCUUUUUUGAAGAAUUUGUCUUCACUCGUUGAAAAGAACCCGCGCAGUGAGCCGGUGUGAUGUACACGUCUCCGCUCACGUUAAAUCUGUGACCCAAAACCUCUGCACCCAAGUCUGCAUUUCCCUCAGGAGUUGAAAUGAAAGUUAGCAACUGAACAAAAUGGAAAGCACUAGACAUGGUGCUGCAUUGUUCAAAAAACUGAAUUCCAUGUUGGAUGGCAAAGGAGAUGGCUUUGACCAGGUCCAGUCUGUAAAAGAAAGGCUUCAGAAGAGGAAAGAUGAGCUGGAAAAGGAGCUGGCCAUCAACAAUGAGGGCUCUGACUCCGGCCUGUCCAAACUGCUGGGACGCGCUCAGUCAGCCACCACCCAGAUCGAAGCUCUGAGCUGCACCAUCGAGCCGCUGCUGAAGGACUGCGAUAGUUUCGUCGAGUUGAACCGCAAGCUCUGCGACCACCUGUCACCAACGCUAGAGGUGGAGGAGAAUCGGCUGAAGGAGCGCACAUACCGUGCCUUCCUGCAGCAGCUGACACAGCUCAGCGACGCGCUGCGAGAGCAGCUGGCACUCGGCCAGGUGGACGAGGCGCUCUCGCGUCUGCAGCAGCUGCACGCGCGCACGGCGGACGUGGUGUCUGACUCGCGCUGUCACGCGCUAGCCGAGUACUGCCGCGGGUUGGUGUCGGCCUGGCGCGCUCAGCUGCUGCGCCAGCUGACGGCUGCGCUCGACGCCGCGCUCGCCGAGCUGCGUUACCCGUUCAUCAGCACCAACACGAGCGUGCACGCGGCGGCCCUACCCGUGCGGCUGCUGCUGCGGCCGCUCGUGCGCCGCUUCGUCUUCCACUUCCACGGCGACAAGCGCACCAACAACCCGGCCAAGCCCGAGUGGUACAUGGGCCAAGUGCUGCAGUGGAUCACCGACCACGAACAGUUCCUGGAGUCGUCCGUCGAGCCGACGCUGGCUAAGGUGCUACCGUCAUGUCGGCCCCGUCUGGAGUUCUGCCGCGGCUUGGUGGAGCUGGCCGUGGACAAGCUGCUGCGGGACCUGCCCGAGCUGCAGUACGACGACGCCACGCUCUCGCACACGAUCGACGAGGCGCUGCUGCUGCAGCGGCAGCUGGCGCUGCUCGGCUACGGCGGCGCGCCCGAGCAGCCGGGCCCACUGGUGGCCCUCUGCCAGCCGGCCUGCCUGCAGCGCUGGCUCGGCAUGGAGCGCAAGUACGCGCUGGAGCGCAUGGACCAGCUGCUGGCCUCCGAGACGGCCUGGGCUGUGCAGGGCGACCCGGACGCCGGCGUGACGGAGGUGGCGGACGGCAUGUUGACGAUGCUGCAGGCCAUGACGGAGCGAUACCGACAGCUACCCCAGCCGGGCCAGCGACUGCAGUUCCUGGACCUGCAGCUUGAGCUGCUGGACGACCUACGUGUCCGGCUGUUGCAGCUGCUGAGGAACGAGAAACAUCAGCCGAUCAGCGGCCGCUGCUGUGCGCUGCUCAACACGGCGCACCAUCUGCGCCAGGCGCUGGCCGAGUGGGGCGAGCAGCCAGCCUUCCUGCACCUGCAGUUCCUGCAGCGCCGGCUGGAGGCGGCCGAGCGGCGGGCGGCGGCCGCCGAGCGCCAGCCGUCGGCCACGCCGCUCACACUCGACGUCGUGCUGGCGGCGCCGGCCAAGCCGACCCGGCCCGACGACCAGCUGGACGGGCUCGACACGACCGCCUUCGACACGGCGGUCCAGCUGUUCCAGAGGAUCGAGGACGACAUCGUGCAGCUGCUGGUGGACCAGAUGCUGCUGGAGGUGCGCGCCCGCAGCCGGCCAUACCGCAAGGAUGCCUGGUUCUCGAUGCCGCUGCCCGGCGAGUUCGUGUCGCCCAGUCUGAGCCCCACCGCCUGCCCCAUGAUGCAGGUGCUAACGCAGUGUCUGCAUCAGCUGAAGGGCCUGCUGGCCGUCUCCGUGUUCGCUGACGUCUGGAUGAGAUUAGCGCGCCAACUCAACGACUUUCUCUACGACGAGCUGGUCAUGGCCAACGAGUUCAACGAGGGCGGCGCCACCCAGCUGCGCUUCGAUCUGAGUCAGAACCUGGUGGCCCUGUUCGGCGAGCUAACGGCGCAGCCGGAACGGCUGUUCGAGCCGCUGCUGGCCGCCUGCUGCCUGCUGACGCUGCCGACCGGCUCGGCCCUGCUGCUGCGUGAGACGCUGCGCAGCGCGCCCGACACGGCCUCGCUGGCGCUGGCCGAGGCCGGCGCGCACGGCCUCACAGGACCAGAGGCGCUGGAGGUGCUGCAGCGGCGUACCGCCCUCUCCGUGGUCUGACGCGUCACCUAUUGCAGGGUCUGACGCGCCGCCACCGCGGGUUCUGACGCACCGCCACCGCGGGGUCUGACGCGCCGCCCUCUCUGGCGCCUGACUCGCCGCCCUUUCCGGAGUCUGAUGCUCUGCGGUGUCUGGCCAUCGUACAGCUCGUGCGCCAACCGCCGGACAGCGUUGCCGCCUGAGCUGACGGCGAGUCCCUUUCGAGAUGGGCUUUUGGAGUCGCCUGCGCCGGUGACGUGGCGGGGCGGCCCUGACGGGGCGGACAGCGGGCUGGCAGAGCGCCGACCAAUCUGCAGCAAUGGCUCGACAUGGCUGACGUCAGAUGGAUUUUAUAUGCCGGGUGUAGUGCUUCUUGGACCGUGGGGGUGUGGGGAGAUCCGAGGCAUGAUGAUCUGACCUGGCCUUGUGGCAGUGCCUGGUCGGUCCCUGAAGUCUACCACGGCUGUAUUUGUUGGCGGUAGCCGCGGGUGCGUGAUCACUGUAAGACGAUCCACCGAAUCGGCGUCACCAGACACGUGCUCCAGCCUCGGUCCGUCUCUGCCGCGCCAGCUCUGCUCACUUGAGACGACCAGAACAUGCGCAUUGUGAUGAUGUGAUUAUAAUUCACAGAAGAAUGUACUGUGAUGAUAUAUUUGUGAACCGAAUGAACUAUGCCGGUUUUCAUACAGAUGGAGUGCUCUUGUC